GAGAGAGAGAGAGUACUGAAGAAGCCACACACACAACACACACACACACACACACAAGAAACUGUGAGAGAUAAAGAGAGAAAGAGAAAGGGGAAAGAGCCCUUCACUAUCACUGGUGCAUUUUUUUCUUGCAUUCAGUUUUUCUUUCUUCUCUCAGGAAAAAACUAAUACUAAUACUCCAUCUUUGAAGCUUCUGGAAAUAAAUCUACUUUAGGUGUUGGUGGAGUUUUAGGGCAGACGGCUUUAGGGAGAAUGCUGAGGAAGAGGAGCAGAUCACACCACAAAGUUCAACAAAUGGGACAACAUUUGAUCUCAGAUUCCUAUUCUCAAUCUGAUGUGUUGUUGGCUAAUAGGAAACAUAAUAAAAAUAACAACUUUUGCAAUGUUCCUGUUCCUGCUAGUGUGUUUGUUGGGCUCAAUAAUCCUACUAAGGUUAGCUCAGAAUCUGAUUCAGUGAGAAGUCCUACUUCUCCACUUGAUUUUAGGGUCUUUUCAAAUUUAGGUAACCCCUUUAGGAAUAAGGCUACCUGGGGUUGUUGCACUAAAGUAGGCCUUGGCAUUGUAGAUUCUCUUGAUAAUGAUGAUGAGAUGAAGAAAUCGGGGAAAGUUCUCCGAUCAUCGGAUAGUAAAAACAUUCUUUUUGGCACACAAAUGAGGAUCAAGACACAGAAUUUUCAGACCUGUGUUGAGGAACCUAAGUCACUCCCUAAAAAUAUCUCGAUUUUUCCUCAUACCUUGUCCAAAAGCUCCAAUCUUGAAAAGGGCAAUUCUGAUGUUGUGUUUGGAAUUGGAGAAGCCCCAUUAGAGCAUGAGUUGUCGAGAAAUUUUCGUUCUUGUUCUCUAGACUCUGGUAGGUUUAUUGCACAUUUUGCAAGCUCGGCGAAUUUUGGUUAUGAAAAUGGAACCAAUCCUGUGGUGUCACAUACUCAAUGUGUUAGAGGUUGCUCAAAGUUGGGUCCUAAGCCAACAUCGGUUGGCUCUAGCACUAGCUUAGCUGGUGCUAUUUCGGCGAGUGACAUUGAACUUUCUGAGGACUAUACCUGUGUGAGAACCCGUGGACCUAAUGCCAAAGUAACUCAUAUUUUUGGUGACUGCAUUUUAGAAUGUCACAACAAUGAGUUGACCAAUUUUUGUAAGAAUGCUAACGAGAAAACCACAUUGCCUGAGGUGGUUGACAGCUCGGAGGUUCUCACUUCAUAUCCUUCAAGCGAUUUUUUGCGCUUCUGUUACUCUUGCAAGAAGAAGCUGGAUGGAGAAGAUAUUUACAUGUACAGAGGUGAGAAAGCUUUUUGCAGCUUGAACUGCCGUUCCGAGGCGAUUUUGAUUGAUGAGGAGAUGGAGAAACUCAAUAAUGAUUCUGAAAACACAAUUAAGCCAAAUAGCCGGGAUGAAGUUUUUGAGACCGGCUUGUUCAUUGCUACAUAGGAUGCUGCAAUUGCGCUACUAAGCCCAUGAUUGACGAAAUGGCCACACUGUUUUAACAAGUAGAAACCCUGAUCAUUUGUUUCCUAAGAGCUGUUUUUUUUGUGCAUCUGUGUGCAGCCAUGGAUGAUCAGAGAAUGUAUUGCUAUUUGUGUGAACUGUCUUUCCUUUCUCAUGGUCUUAGUGGUUAAACAAUCGCAAACAGCAAGUUUUGCUUUACAUAGUUCUGAAUCUGAUAUGUAAUAGUGGAGUAUAAUCUCAGAAAAAGAAUCUUAAUUACAAGGGUUGUAGCUCAUCCUUGUGGCUCCCCAAUUUUUGAUUUCUCACCUGCUAAAUACUUUGGCAAAGUCUGAUGAAUAUAAAUGUUUCAUGACUACAUAUAUUGCUUCUAAAUGUUACUCUAGUAGUGUAUCACUGACUCAUACCAGUAUUACUUCUAACACACUAGGCCAUAUAUAUAGUUGUCCUCAUUGUUUACUGCUAAUCGAAUUCGACUGUCUGGUUAUGUCAAAGUGUUUUUGACUUGUGAGAUGGUUUCUUGAUUGUGAUUCAGACUUAAGUGAUUGUGUGAUGGUCGCCUAUGCUAGUAAAUUUUGAUUUGGCCUUCUACUCAGGUGAAGAUAGCAUAGGCUCUUGAGGUUUCUGUUUUAAUUGUUCUUCAAAUACCCCUCAAAACCAAUUGCUCCCUGAAUUCUAGCUCUACUUUGAUCCUCAACUUAUUAUCUUUUUUCUUGAAUGCACUUGGUAGACAUGUUGGGAAUAUGUUUUAGUCAUGUUAGUAAGUUUAGGUCCUAUGUUUUCUAGGAGUUUCUUCGUCCUGCCAGAUUUACGUGUCCAUAGAAAAUAUCGAGAACUUCUAAUGCCUUUUAUUUCUAUUUUGUACAAUAUUGGUCUGAGAUGAGCUUAAAUGGAGCAGACAUGGUUAGUGAGGUAUCAUGUUGCCAAUCUAACUUGCUUGGGGUCGAGGCAUAGUAGUUGUUGUACCAAUACGUUGUAGCUCCAUUCUAUUUCUUCAGAUUUAGCUACAUCAAUUAUGCUUCAGUUUAGGACAUGAUAUGUUCUGUUGUGUUACAUGAGCAGCUGUCUUUUUCUCCAGCUUUUAGAUUAGCACAGACAUGUUUGUUUAUUCUAACUACUUGAGACAUCCUCAUCUUUAAGAAGCCCCUUUGGCUUUAAUUUUGUGCUUCAACUGCAAUUGGAAAGGAAGUUUCUUCCACUGUUAUUAAUGGAUUGAUUGGUUUCCCUGAGAACACUGUUGGGAGAUUGAGAGAAUAUUGGGCCA